AUGGCAUCACAUCCGUUGCAAGCUUUAGGCGAAGCAGUUGGUGCGGCGGGCGCCGAUCCGCGCAUCAAGCAAUUGAAUUCUCUCUUUCAGGGUGCCAACGAUGGUCCGGCCAGAACUGCUGCCAAAAUAACAGGCGUGCAACAGGGUGGUAAAAGGGAGGAUGAUGGCCCCUACUUCACUAAUAACGAGGGCAUCCCCUUCCCCGACCCGGCUCAUAGCAAGACCGCCGGUGGACUACCAUUGGUAUCGGAUACUUUUUUACUCCAGAAACAGCAGCAUUUCAAUCGCUCUAAGAACUUAGAGCGAAUGGUGCAUCCUUGUGGCAGUGGUGCAUUCGGAUACUUUGAGACUACGCAUGAUGUUUCCAACCUCACUAAGGUAGCCCUAACCAGUGCCAACUUUCUUAGAUCUCCUGGGCUGAAAACUCCGGUCUUCGCCCGCUUUUCCACCGUGACGCUCGGCCGUGAAUUUCCAGAUCUGGCCAGAAACCCUCGCGGUUUUGCUCUCAAGUUCUACACGGGCGAGGGCAAUUAUGACAUCGUGGGCCUGAACUUUCCCGUUUUCUUCUGCCGAGACCCCAUUCAGGGUCCCGAUGUCAUUCGCUCGCAGUCGCGUAAUCCACAGAACUUUCUUCUCGAUCACAACUCACUGUUCGAUCUCCUGGCAAAUACGCCCGAAGGAAACCAUGCCGGUAUGAUGUUCUUCAGUAACCAUGGUACACCAAAGGGCUGGAGAAACAACCAUGGUUAUGGCUGCCAUACGUUCAAAUGGGUCAACAAGGAUGGCAAAUUCGUAUAUAUCAAGUAUCAUUUCCUUGCAGACAACGGCCAGAAACAGUUCAACGCCGAUGAAGCGCAGUAUCACGGCGGUGCCGAUCCGGACUGGUCGAAACGCGACCUUUGGCAGGCCAUCGAGAAGGGCGAAGAGAUUACCUGGACGGCGCAUGUCCAGAUCAUGCAACCCGAGGAAGCCGAUCCAGCGAAGCUCGGUUUCGAUCCGUUCGAUGUGACCAAGGUGUGGCCGAAGAAGCAGUUCCCGCUUCAUGAGUUUGGCAAACUAAGGCUCAACAAAAAUCCCGAGAACUUUCACCGAGACGUUGAACAAGCUGCCUUCUCACCGGGCAGCAUGGUCCCCGGCAUCGAAGACAGUCCCGAUCCCCUACUCCAAUUCCGUAUGUUCUUCUACCGCGACGCACAAUACCAUCGGAUUGGGAUCAACCUCCACCAAGUACCGGUCAAUUGUCCAUUCAUGGCCUCAUCAUAUUCGUCCCUGAACUUCGAUGGACAAAUGCGCGUCGACGGAAACCAUGGAAUGAACCCGCAGUACGUCCCAAACAGCUUCGUGAACAAGUUCCGACCAGACGUGGCCGAGGCUCCCUACCAGCUCUCGGACAAUAAUGUCGGUCGCAAGUCCCAUUUCUACCAUGAAGGCAAAGCAUCAGAAUACGACCAGCCACGGGCCCUGUAUCGGGAGGUCAUGGAUGAGCGGGCCCGCAGGCAGCUGCACGAUAAUACAGCCCGUCUACUGCGGUUGGUGGAGUUCCCUGUGAUUCAGGUUAAGUAUCUGGCACAGCUCUUCCGUAUCGCACCAGAGUAUGCGAAGGGAGUAUACGAUCUGCUCCCGGAAAAGUCGUUCCCGUUUAGCGAUGUUGAGAAGCAAGCUGAUGGUGCAGAGACGGCGAUGAAAGAGCCCAAGUUUCGACCCAGCGCGCCGACGGAUAAAUUGGUCGGCAUGUGUCCUAUGAAACCUGUCUACAAUGUUUAA